GUCUGUUGAACCGCGCUCUCAUUUCGGAGGCGCUGAAAAAAAUCGGGAAAGUGGAGGUUCCAGGAUUUUCAUUUUAUCACGUAUUUGAACGUUUUUAUAUUUCUUAUUCAUGAUAAUGUGUUAUCGCAUUAACAAGCAGAACUUUCUCGUGAGUUUUAAGAGGUGACUUUUUUUGACGGCUUUCUUUAACAAACCUUAAACUGUAUGGUGUAUCCGCAUUAAAGCUGCCGCCUGUGUGACUUGCGGUGGAAACAAUUGAAAAACGAAGGAGGAAAAGCUUUUUCACCGCUGCUUAUUCUUAUUUGGUAUGAUGGUUGAUAAUUAAAGUUCACGUUUGUUUACGAAAGUAACCACAUGGAGCUCUCGUGUACCUUUGAUGACGACCACCAGAAGGAUGGUGAGGUGGAUGAAACGGACAGCACCAUCGGCGUUGGGGGACCUGAGCUGCAAGACAGUAUGCAACCGUCAGAGGGUCCCCAGGAGGACGACGAGCGUACCAUCUCCAUAACUGAUGUGUCUCCUUUUAUUCGAUGUACAAUCUGCACUGGCUUCUUCAUCGAGGCUACAACCAUCACUGAAUGUUUGCAUACAUUUUGCAAAAGUUGUAUAGUGAAACACUUCUUCUAUAGCAACAGAUGUCCAAAAUGUAAUGUAGUUGUCCAUCAAACUCAACCUCUUUACAACAUAAGACUGGACCGACAGCUACAAGAUAUAGUAUAUAAGUUAGUUCCGAAUUUAGAAAGAAAUGAGAAAAAACAUAUGCAUGAAUUUUACAAAGAAAGGGGACUUGAAGUACCAAAAUUAACAACUCCACAGCCUUGUACAGUAAAACCAGGGAAACAGAGAAGAGGCUUGCAUGCUCAAUCUGUCUUCAGGAUUCCACCAGAGCUUGAUGUCUCCCUAUUGCUGGAGUUUGUUGGUGCUGAAGAAGGUAUUGACAAUUAUAAGCCUUUAGAGAAGAAGUUUGUGCGUGUCUCUGGAGAUGCAACAAUCAGACAUGUUGAAUUGUUUAUUAGGAGGAAAAUGGGAAUUGGUCCAGCAUGCCAGGUGGAUGUUAUCUGUGGAGACCACCUCUUGGAAAGUUAUCGGUCACUGAGAGACAUUCAGAAAACUCUGGGGGAAAGUUCAAUUCAAGAUGGACUUCUUGUGCUACACUUUGGACUUGUUCUUCCUCCUGGAUAUAAAGAUUGAAGACCUUCCUCCUUCAGCAGCUCAUAUCUGCUCUGCUUUGUAAAAUGCAGAUAAAAGAAUACUGAAGUGCCAUUUGAUAGCAAACACCACGUUUUCAAAAUUCAGCAAUUAUUCAGAGGUUGAAAGAGUAUUAGUGGUUAUGUAUAUAAAGGACAUUGGUCACUUCAGAAUGCAUGGUUGUGUAUUUUUGUCCUUUUUUGUUUGUAAUACAGUUUAUUACAAUAGUCAGUAAUUUAUUUGGUUUACUUUUAAAGAAGUGUUAGUUCAUGUUAUUGUGCAAGGCACGUUAUUUUGUAAGAGAGGCAAUAUAUUGGAAACUUCUGUCAUUAAACAUUUUUGUAAAAUGUAA